AUGGCCGCGAAGUCGGAUGGAGCGGCGGCCGCGGCCGGCCCGGGGCCGGAGGGGGCGCCCGGAGGAGCUCGGGGCGGUGCAGGAGGACACAGGGAGGCAGCGGCGGUGACCGGCGGCGCUGGGGUGACCGGGGCAGGUGGCCCAGGGCCGCGCUACGAGCUGCGGGACUGCUGCUGGGUGCUGUGCGCGCUGCUCGUGUUCUUCUCCGACGGCGCCACGGACCUGUGGCUGGCGGCCUCCUACUACAUUCAGGGCCAACGCACCUACUUCGGCCUUACGCUGCUGUUCGUGCUUCUGCCCUCGCUGGUCGUGCAGUUGCUCAGCUUCCGUUGGUUUGUCUACGACUACACGGAGCCAGCGGGGGCCCCGGGACCAGCCGUCAGCACCAAGGACAGCAGUGCCCGUGGGUCCGCCAUCAGCACCAAGGACAGCGCCAUCGCCUUCAGGACGAAAGAAGGCAGCCCCGAGGUGGACUCCCGGCCUGCGCCCUCUUCCGCAAACUCCUACCGCCGCGGCUGUUGCCGCCUCUGCAUCUGGCUGCUGCAGACCCUCGUUCACCUCCUGCAGCUCGGUCAAGUCUGGAGGUACCUGCGAGCCCUGUACCUGGGGCUGCAGAGCCGCUGGCGUGGAGAGCGGCUCCAGCGCCACUUCUACUGGCGGAUGCUGUUCGAGAACGCAGAUGUGAGCAUGCUGCGCCUGCUGGAGACCUUCCUGCGCAGCGCGCCGCAGCUGGUACUGCAACUCAGCCUCAUCUUGCACCGUAGCGACAGCGACAGCGACAGCAACGCGUUCCAACAGCUACAGGUCUUCUCUGCCUUCGCCUCUCUCCUGUCCCUGGCCUGGACACUGGCCUCCUAUCAGAAGGUGCUGCGGGACUCCAGGGAUGACAAGCAGCCACUGUCCUACAAGGGUGCGGUAGUCCAGGUGCUGUGGCACUUGUUUACCAUCGCAGCCCGCGGCCUGGCCUUCGCACUCUUUGCUAGUGUCUACAAGCUCUACUUUGGCAUCUUCAUUGUGGCCCACUGGUGCAUCAUGACCUUCUGGGUCAUCCAGGGCGAGACAGACUUCUGCAUGUCCAAGUGGGAGGAAAUCAUCUACAACAUGGUGGUGGGCAUCAUCUACAUCUUCUGCUGGUUCAACGUCAAGGAGGGUCGCAGCCGCCGUCGCAUGACCCUCUACUACUGCAUUGUCAUGCUUGAGAAUGCUGCUCUCACUGGCUUCUGGUAUUCCAGCCGCAACUUUGCCACCGACUUCCGCUCACUCAUCUUGGUCUGUGUGGUGGCCUCCAGCUUCGCGCUGGGCAUAUUCUUCAUGUGUGUCUACUACUGCCUCCUACACCCCAAUGGGCCCAUGCUGGGCCCCCAGGCUCCUGGUUGUAUUUUCUCUGAGACCACAGGGUCCUGUGGCCCACCAGCUGACACUGUCACAAGUCCCCCCAGGUCCCUGCCAAGGACUACAGGAGUGGAGAGAGAUGGGGCCUCAGUGGGAGGUGAGCGGGCUGGGACCCCCACACCGCCUGUCUUCCAGGUACGGCCUGGCUUGCCUUCCACGCCAGUGGCCCGCACCUUUCGGACAGAGGGGCCUGUGAUUCGGAUUGACUUGCCUCGUAAGAAGUACCCAGCAUGGGAUGCUCAUUUUAUCGACCGCAGGCUCCGGAAGACCAUUCUGGCGCUAGAGUAUUCCUCACCUGCCACACCUAGGUUGCAGUACCGGAGCAUAGGGACCUCCCAGGAGCUAUUGGAGUAUGAGACCACAGUGUAG